AUGGAACAGCCAACCUUCAACUCUCUCCCUCAAAACACCAACACCACAACAUCAUCUUCCACAGCAAAAUCCCAAAAGAAAAAGCUACCAACCCCACAAGAACUCAUCUCCCACUAUGAGUCACAAGGCCUUGACAACCAAGAGGCCUCUCUCAAGGUCAUAGGUGACCUCCAGGCUGCCCUCUUUAGGGUCAUAACCUCUGGCAGAGGCAGAAAGGACAAGCUCUUGGCUGAGACCUCAAGAAAGAUUGACAGCACCAACAACAGCCUUGCCAUUCUCAAUAUGAAGAUUGACUCCAAGCCUGGCUAUGGUGAAGCUUUUGGUAUUGGGGUUGCUUCUGGGGUGACUUUGAAAGGCAUUGAGACUGUUCUGCCUCAUGUUCUUAGGGGUUUUGGACAGAUUUGGAACACUGUCAGGAAUGUCACUAAGGAUUGA